UCUCCUCCCAUCCCUUGAUCCCGAAGAAGAAGAGGCUGUAGCUUGCAUGAGGAGGAAGAUGGAGGCGAAGAGGUCGAGGCCGCCCACCAUUGCCGCACUGUGCGUGCUCCUCCUCCUGGUGCUGCUGCCCGGGGAGGUGGCCGCCAAGUCCAAGUUCUGCAAGUGCUUCGACGACUGCUUCCCCGGGUGCACGAACGACGACGUGCCGCGCUUCCUCUGCAAAGUGUUCUGCGCCAACAAGUGCAGCCCCAACCAGGCCGCCAGAGGCGGCGACGCCAUGUGCAGGAUGGCCUGCAACAAGCUGGAUAUCGAAAUCUGCGGCUGGUCAGCGGCACCGACAGAUGCAGCUGAUGCGGCCAUCUGCGUGGAAAGCUGCAACAAGAAAUGGAGCCACAAUUAAGGCCCACAAUUAAGCUGUUACGUUUUAGGAGAAGUAAAAAGAUAUCUACAAUGCUUGUCGAUCAUGUGAUCGUAUAUAUGAUGUUGAACCUCUCCGUAAUUGUAGCAGCAACCAAUAAAAUGAGUAUCUCAAUAUGUAACGUGUAAGGCAUACAUACACAAUAUAAAGUUAAUUUGGCUUUGA